UUAGCCAGGUGAACAACGUGAAGCGGCGCAAGCGAGAGAGACAGACAAAGCGAAGCGUAAAAGCCGAAGCGUAAAAGCCGAAACGAAAACGUAACCCUCCGUCGUGUUCCACGCAUUUUUGUUGUUAUCUUUUUUUUCGUGUGCGAGUUCGUUCGUGUUAGCUGGCUGUGUCUGUCUGUGUGUGUGUGUGCAGCAGCCUCCGCAACAUGCGUCCGGCCCCCAGCCACCCCCAGUGGUGAGUUUUACCAAGCAGCACAGCAGCAGAGCAGCAGAGCAGCAGCAGCAGCAGGAUACUGCCGCCAAGGAAGCGACAGCAGAGAACAGAGCAGCGCCGAAGGUUGACCGAGUUGGAAGAGAGCACCGGCUGUUGUACAAUAAACACUGAACGAAAGAGAGCGUGAAGCGUAAGUGGUGCUGGCUGGCCUGGUGGCUGCCCCAAUAAGAGACAUUACGACGAGCGCGCGGGCAGCUGUUGCAUGUUGCAUGCGGCCGCCGCUGCUGCCAGACUCAGUGACGCCUGUGACGAUCCGAUCAAUCGCGUGUGUGCCGCGCUAUAACUGUUGUAUUUUUUUUUUCUGUUUGUGUGUGUGUGACUGAUCCUCGCGAGUGAAGAGAAGAGAAACAAAACUGAACGAAGAGCAGAGCCUUUGAGCCGCAGCAAGAGAGAGUGAGAGAGUGGUAGAGAGAGAGAGACCGAGAGAGAGUGAAACGAACACGAUAUGGAGCUUUUGGUGCUCUUCCUGGCCUUGGCCCCCCUCUGCAUCUCCGGCGGCAUUGCCCCCAACGAUCCGUGCUACUUCGAGGGGAAGCCGCGCAAGUGUCUGCCAAGCUUCGUGAAUGCCGCCUACGGGAAUCCCGUUCAGGCCUCCAGCAUCUGCGGCGGCCAGCGGCCGGAACGCUACUGCGAACUGCAGCGUGAUGGCUCGCUGGGUGAAUGCCGGGUAUGCGAGCGGCAUGCCGCCGGCGGUGGUGGCGCCUCCGCAUUGACGGACCUGAACAAUCCCAGCAACGUGACCUGCUGGCGCUCGGCGGGCGUCAAUGUGCCCCACGAUCCGGACACAGCGCCACCCGAUAAUGUGACCUUGACCCUGUCGCUGGGCAAGAAAUACGAGCUUACGUACAUCUCGCUGUCGUUCUGCCCCCGUGCGGCACGACCCGACUCCCUGGCGAUCUUCAAGAGCUCCGAUUUCGGGCAGACCUGGCAGCCCUUCCAGUUCUACAGCUCCCAGUGCCAGAAGUUCUACGGCCGUCCGGAUCGCGCCAAAAUUUCGAAAUUCAACGAGCAGGAGGCGCGGUGCAUCAACUCGCAACAUGACAUUGGUGGCGCCGCCCAGAGGUUCGCCUUCAAUACGCUGGAGGGCAGGCCGUCGGCCAACGAUUUGGACUCGUCGCUGGUGCUGCAGGAUUGGGUGACGGCCACCGACAUUCGUGUGGUGUUCCAUCGACUGGAGUUGCCGCCGCAGCUGCUGCUGCAGAAGGAGCGCAACGCGAAUAGUUUCAGCGACGAGAUGAGCGCCAGCCAGGAGGCCGAACUGGAGCUGGACGAGCACGAGGACGACUACGACUACAAUCUGCAGGACAACGACAGCGCCGGCUAUGACGAGGAGUACGAGGAGCCCAAGAAGCAUCUCGAGCUGGACGACGAUCUCCACUUGGACUAUGCCGCCGACAGCGGCAGCGAUGGGCCCAGCGGCAAGCGACACUCCAAGCAGCACAAGGGCGGCAGCAGCGCCUACGAGAAGCACUACCAGACGAAACUUGCCACAGCGGCGGCUGCCGCCUCGGCCACCACCCCCAGUCCACAAUUGAAGGCUGCCGCCGCCGCCGCUGCCGCCGCAGCCUCUGCGUCCGCCACAGCGCCACCGUCAGCGGAGCUGCCACUGCCACCCAUCACGCAGCACUAUGCUGUGUCGGACUUUGCCGUCGGCGGACGUUGCAAGUGCAACGGUCAUGCCUCCGAGUGUGUGGCAACCAUUGGCUCUGCGGUCUCCGCCUCCGCCACCGACACGGAUGAUGGCCAGGAUGAUGAUGCCCCAUCGCCAGGAGCUGCGGCAGGAGGCGCACUCUCCCAUGGACACUUUGGACGCCCUGCCUCCGGCUUGCAGCUGCAGCUGCAUGGCCAGAUGAGCUCCAAGCUGACGAUGACAUGCGCCUGCAAGCACAACACCGCCGGCGAUGAGUGCGAACGUUGCAAGCCCUUCUACUUUGAUCGCCCCUGGGGCCGUGCCACCGAUAAUGAUGCCAACGAAUGUAAAAUGUGUCAGUGCAAUGGACACGCCCGUCGCUGUCGCUUCAAUCUGGAGCUCUACAAGCUGUCCGGUCGGGUGUCCGGAGGCGUGUGCUACAACUGUCAACACGAUACGACAGGACGGUAUUGUCACUACUGCCGCGAGGGCUACUAUCGGGAUGCCACCAAGCCGCCAAAUCAUCGCAAAGUCUGCAAACGUUGCGACUGCCAUCCGGUGGGAUCCACGGGCAAGACCUGCAAUCAUCUGAGUGGACAGUGCCCCUGCAAGGAGGGUGUCACCGGUCUGACCUGCAACCGCUGUGCCCGCGGCUACCAACAGACGCGCUCCCAUGUGGCGCCCUGCAUCAAAGUGCCCACCAACGCGAACAUGAUUCAGGCCGAGAGCGCUGGCGGAGGCGGUGGCGGUGCUGGCAAUGGCGACUACAAGGAGGGCGGCGGCUCCCAGGCCGAGGAAAUGAAGAAGUAUUGCGGCAAGUGCAAGGCCAGUCCCAAGAAGCUAAAUCUAAACAAGUUUUGCAUGGAAGAUUAUGCCAUUUUGGCCAAGGUUAUUGGCCACGAUCGCGCCUCUCAGGACAUCAGCACGGAGAAGUUCUCGAUCGAGCGACAGAACGAAAUCUACAAAUACGAAAUCAAUAUCCAGACGAUCUUCAAGCGGAAUCCCAUGUCGGGCACGACCAGCUCCCUGCUCGGCCGUGGCAAUAUGAUGCUGCUGGUGCCGCGCAAGAGCAUCGAGUGCCAGUGUCCCAAAAUCAAACUGAAUAAAUCAUAUCUUAUACUUGGACGCGAUUCGGAGGCGGCGCCUGGAUAUCUGGCCAUCGGUCCCAGCUCUGUGGUGUUGGAGUGGAAGGACGAGUGGUCGCUGCGCAUGAAGCGCUUCCAGCGGCGGGCCCGCAAAUGCAGUUGAAUCGAACCGGAAACGGAAUAUGUCAGAGCGGAUUUCAAUUUCAUACACUUGGCUAGGUAUCGGUUUUUGUAUAAAUUGUACAGUUUACUCAAGUUUCUGACCUUCUUCGGCAUCAUGCUAUAAAUUAAUCAAAACUCAAAACUCAAAACUCAACACUCAAAACUCAAAUCUGCCCCCAAAAAAUAUAAGAAAAAAAUACACACACAGAGAGAAACACUGCUAAAACAUCCUCAAUAGAAUCUUUGGCGUUCAGCCAAUGAUUAUUAAUUAUCUCAGCAUAAUCUUCCUUUCUGGGGGCAUUUCUCUAGUCUAUAAAAUGAUUUUACAAACCGAAAAUAAUUACGUUACUCCCUUUUAAUAGAACAACAACAAAAAAAAUACCAAAAUGCUAAUUACAGUUACGUGACAUCGAAAGUGGUUGGAUGAGGGUGGGGGGGAUGGGCCUGGUGGCACAGUGGAAUGCAGGCCAUAAAAAACAGUUAUAAAUUGAACAACACAACAAUAACAACAACAACAAAAAAAAAAGCAAAAACAAGUGCGAAAAACGUUCAGACGUUGCGUGUCGCGAGGCCACCAUCAGACCCCAUCAGACAUACAAACAAACGGACAACGAACAGCUGGGGGGGACGGACAGGACUGUGGGGAGAGAGUGCGGGGCGGGGGCAUAGACAAACAGGCCAUAGUCAACACAUAAGUGCAGUCAUAAACCAACAACAUGAGCCUUGACCAGCGUUACCAGAUGGCGGCAGGCUUCCACACACAUCACACACACACACAGAGUUUAUUAGGGGCACUCGACCGAAUGGGGCACACGGAACACGGAGCGAAGCGAGCCAAAAGUUGGUCAAGGAAAUGUGUUGGGAAUUUAUGCGAAUUUACUGCGGGAUUAAAGUUUCCAUUGUGGGGCAAGAGAUACGCUAUACGCUGCAGAUGAUACCAGUUGAUAGUGAUUGGAAUACGAACUGGAGUGGAACACUUAACAAAGAGAUCUUAAUCUGCUGCUAAUGAUGCUAAAUAAAAUGGAACACUUAAAGCAGAUCUCAAGCCUCAGUUGAUGAUCAGCAAUAAAAACAACAAAAUUAAAUACAAAGCAGAAUUGAUGUAAAAGAUUGCUUUAACAAAGAUUGAUACAACGCAUAAGAAAACUAAAGCAAAGCGAAAUAAGAUAAAGCAAUCAAUUUCCAUGUUAAUUAUUUUGAACUUCAAUCGAGCAGCAUUUUCCACGUUAGACUUUGAUCCAUUAAGAUUAUCCACAAUAGUUUCAAUGCCAUGAAGCGGAGUACCCCCAAACGCUUUUACUUUUUUAUAUUUUAAUCUCAGUUUUCAGCAUAUAUGCCAUUCAUUCUCUCAAGCAAACAUUGAUUCCAUUUUAUGAUAUUUGCCAAAUUGCUUUUUUAAUAUUUAACAUUUGUUGCUGCCACCCCCACGCCAUGGCUCUUCUUUUGUUUUGUGUGAAACGUUUUAACGUUAUCCAUUCCGGUUUUUGUUGGCUGGCUGGCUGGCUGAUUGAAAAGCGCCUCUCAAGAAUUUAUGCAAACAAAGUUUUUGCUGUUAAUUAUGCACAUGUUUAUUGACAAUUUACUAGUUGAUUUUUCACGCGCCUUUGCAUAACAAUUUGUUUGAUGAAUGCAUCAAUAAAAUGUCAAUUCAAGCGCCGUUUCACCAUCAAACACCAAACAGCAACAGCAACAACGCAGCAACAACAGCAGCAACAACAGAAAAAAUACUCAUUUAAAAUGCAUUUAUUUGAAUUUAAUAUUCAAUUUGAAUUAUGCAUGCAAAUUGCCUUGCUCUGUCCCACUCUCUCUCACUCUCCCACUCUGUCUGAAGCUCAAUUUCAUUCGAUCUGAGUGUGUCUUUUUCUAAAAUUAAAGACAGACAACAAGAGACAGAGAGGGAGUGAGAGUGAGGGUAAAAGAUUGAUCGUCGCAUAGGGCUUUGAGGGGGCAGAGUAACUUUGUAACUUGUUUUCCAGCAUAUGUGUGUAGGCCAUGGAGCACUUGAAGCGUCCGAAAACUUAUUUGUGGGGGAACCUCUUCAUACAGUGAUAGCUCGAUGGAUCAGUUACAGGUUACACGUAAAGGUAGAGGUUUUUCCUACAGAAAAAUGUUUCAUUCCCGCUUAGCUGGUUGGCACUGUGCCAGCGCGAUAUGCAUCAACGAAACAACAACAGA